CUCCAGUGUUAACUUGUUUGCGUUUUUUAACGACCUUGUUUCGACUACUUUUCUAGAAAAUUUCGAGUAGUUCAUCUACUUAGAUCUACUCAUAAUUGCGAUACUAGUUGUACUGUUGUUUGGGUUGUUGACAGUCAACUUGUUAUACCUCAGAAUCUUCCGCCUGUUGUCGUAAAUAGUAAUCCAUCGUACCAGUAUCCAUAUCCUUGUCCAAUCCUCAAUUUCCUCCUCUUAAUUUCGAACAUUCAGCACCAAAGAAAGAUGAGCGCCGUUCAGCACAGCUACAACUCUUCGUCCUUCCUGCUCCACCAAGCAGUUGCCCUGCCGGUCAUCGCAGGCGUCGUCCUAGGACUCAUUCUCUUCGCUCUGGAGCCUGUUUGGGUCACAGCGGGACGUCCGAUUCCGAAUGCCGAUCCAACGAUCGCUGUUCUCUUCGUCGCGAUCACCGCCUUGUUCCUAUUGCUUCGUUUAGCCUUCGCAUGGCAGAUCCAGGAACGCAAAUUGGAACAAUCUAGAGCGGCAGCAGCUCACUUUCGACAAGCAGCAUUGGAGGUCGUAGGCGACGUAGCAGGGACGUCGAAUUUGGUUUCGGAGGGACGAAAGCGUUCUUUGCAUAUCCUCCUAUCCUUCGCGGCCUAUUCUUUUGACCCUACCAAGGAUCGAAGGGACAAUGCAGUCAGAAAUUAUUUGGCUGGAACCUUCGGAGACAAUGACAAACACAAAAGUGGAGGCGGAUCCUAUCCCUCCUUGCAAGUCUUGACUCAACGCGUCUUGUCCUUACCGUCAGCAGAGCAGUUGGCGCUUUUGUUGAGAAUGACGCUGUCGACUCUGGGAUCUUCUAGAAGUAACUCGGCUGCGAUGCCAGUAGUGGUGGAAUCCGAACUAAGACAAGGCGUUGCAAAACUUUGCAUGGUUCUGAGCGAUGAUCAUAUUGUAGUUUUUGCGCCACGAGCAGAACCAGGAGCACCUCCAAGCGCGAAUCAACUACAACAGGUGGUGGGAGGAGCGCCAGCUGUGGGCGCGGGUGGUGAUUUUAGUAACCUUAACAACAAUAAUGCAACACCAAAUAGUCUAAAAAAUUCUUCUGGUUCCGAGCCGUUCGGAACUACAGCCGUCGACGAUUACAACAAUUUAAGGCUCAGUACUACCUCUGCAUCGUCGAUAAAAAUGCUUUUCGGAGGUGGACGAGGUGGACAGACACCGAGCACUUCAACAACUACUGCAGCUUCAACUUCUUCCAAUCCAUCUUCGUCCUCUUCGACUGGAGAAGCUAUGAAUCGAAGUAUGUUCUACGAUAUGGUGUCCGUUUUUUCCAACAUCGCUUGCAUUCUAUCUGCUUUGGGAGGUUCUUUUGCCGUUGUUUCCUUCACAUCAAAUGGCUGGAUCGUGUUGCUGCUUUUGGUCCUGCUCUUUGUAUUGCUAGGUGGUUUGAGGCACAUGUGCGAAGCCAGUGAGCGCGGGUUGUAUGCGUCAUCUGCUCAAACUGGCUCAAGGCACCGAGUUUUGUUUGAGUCGGUGCUGGUUGGUGCGAUGCAAAGCGAAGAGUUGUUCCUGGGGCUACUGCUUCAACAAGAUCAUGCUAGAAGUAAAAAUGGUAUGCAGCAAGAAGGCAGAGCAAGAGGAGGAGGACAAGGGCAACAAGGACCGCAACGACAGCAGGGAAACAAACAGCGGCUGGUCGUUGCAGCCACUUCAGCUCCUCAAUAUCAACCAGACCACGCUGUAGAAUCCACGACAACAACGCAGCAUAGCAGCUAUGGUUCCCCUUAUCAAGGAGGUCAGGAUGUAGUGGCGGGAUCGCAACACCAACAGCAAACACCAAGAGCUCCGAGUUCGCUUGUGGAUCGAGCAGUUCGUGUGGAUAAUGAAAAGCAUGCUUCUCCUUCUCCUGCUGGAAUAAAAAGCAUGGCUCCUCUGCACUCAUCGUUACCUCCACGUAAUCAUCUGCAUCAAUUUCAAGAAGGUGAGUCCAUGGAACAACCAGCACCAAGAGUACAACGAGAAGGAGCACAGGUUGUGGCACAAGAGCGAGCAGAAGAUGAUGGGCAAGGUGUAGUAGGUGUAGCAGCUCCUUCACCUACGAAGAUUUCUUCAUCAGUUAUAGCCACUUCUAGAACAUCUUAUGCAGCUUAUCCACCUUAUCAUGAGGAGGACAAGGACCAGCACCCUAAUACAACUAAUUUUUCUAGCAGCACUAAGCCGAGGACUAAGAGAAUCGAACAGGACACUAGUUUAGCCUAUUCUCCACCUGUGCGGACAAGUUCCAGCUCUGCACCGAACUCGCCAAGAGGUCGGACGACACCGCUAAGACGAAGCUCUGUUGGAACUAAUGAAGAAAAUAUUGCUCUUACAACGACCAGAACAACGAACGCUGGCACUGGCGCUAGUGGUCCUCGCGUAAGUGAAACUCCACCGACAUUUCUUGUUACAUCAUCGACAGGAUCUGGAACCGCAUCAAUAUCGAAGAACAAUAGUCCUACUCGCGCCAGUGUUUCUACUCCUCGAAUUAAGGCUGUACCUAAUACAUCUUUGGACGUAUCCUUGAAACGUAUGGAGCAGUAUCCUAAGGGAAUACUCCCCCAUACGUUUCAAGGAUGCACUUGAAUAAAGACGAAUUACGGACAGCUCUAAUCGAAUGAGCAAGCCUACUGCGGUGAUUGCAACGGACGCGCGAUUUGGCAUACCGCAAGAAAAGUUAGAAGAAGUUCCGGAGUUGCAAGCUGCAGGAGCUCUUGUUAUAGAAGCAGCGGCACCUCCUGCUGGAGGAGAUGAUAAAAAUGUACACAAGCACAAGCAUGCAGAACAUGAACAUUAUUCGGUAAGAAAUAGUGCUUUCGAUGUCUUGAUGGAAGAAGCUUCUGAUGACGAUUGUUAAUGACAAAAAAUUUAUCGAUUGUUGAUCUUGAAGAUAUCAAAUGUUUUUAAUGUUUUAAACUUCUUGACAGAGAGGAGUGAUGAGAGUGACACUACAGAUACAACUGUGUCUCUCCGCCGAAAUAAACGAUACUAGAUGAAUACAUAUGCUAAUAACGAACACAGAUUCAGAUGCAAACUGUAGAGUGGAGAUACAUG